AUGGACGACGACUGGCUCUCCUCUGCCGAACAACGGACGGAGAAUGGAGGCGGACCGAACGACUUGCUGCUGUCCUCUGCCGACGGACCGAACAACGACCAAGCUGUCCUCUGCAAACGUCGUCGGCUAGCACUCACGAUUGGGACGGAGAAGGGAGGCGGACCGAACAACGGACGACAACCGGAGAAGUUGGGGAGAAGGGAGGCGGACCGAGCAGUUGGGACAACAGGCGGAGAGAGUCGAGGGAGAAGGACGGGUUUUUGA